AUGGAUGGCAUGAUCCAAAUCGUCAAAGCGCCAUUCUACCAACUACUGUCAAUCCAUGCCUUCGUACGAGCCAACCACAACAUCAAAAUGCUGCCGAUGGUUUUUGUGUCGAUGUCCCGACGGAGGACAAUUGACUACGUAAAGGUGCUUCGUCAACUGCUACAACUUCUGCCGGAGGAGCCUGUCAUGACACAUUGUGUUAUGGACUUUGAAAUGGCAACGUGGAAGGCGGUUGCCAAAGUUUUUCCCGAUGUCAAGCUACGUGGUUGCCUCUUCCAUCUGACGCAGGCAGUGUGGAGAAAGUGCCAAGAAAUAGGGUUGCAGGUGGCGUACAUGAAUGAUGACGCAACACACAAGUUCAUCAUAAAAAUCAUGGCCCUUUCCUUUCUCCCGGCAAGAGAAAUCCAUCUGAUGUAUAAUAAGAUUGAGCGAUUGGUGCCACGAGGGGGAAAACUUGAACUAAUUCAAUAUGUUGGCCGUCAGUGGAUGGACCGCCCCAUAUUUGUUCCCAGAUGCUGGUCCAUAUUCGGUGUGACGGUCCGAACCAACAAUCAUGUCGAAGGUUGGCAUCAUAGAAUUAAUAACAAGGUGGGAGACCAGCCACAAGGGAUUUACAAAUUAAUCCCUGAACUGUACAAGGAGGCCCGAUUGCUGCCUAUCCAGACCAGGAUGGUCCAGGAAGGCAACCUUCGAACGUAUAUACGAGAGACGGCAACCAUCCGACAGGAAGACUUUUUCCAAGUUUGGGGGGAAUAUAAGGACGGAGAACUUUCCCUCAGUCAGUUGCUGGGAAGGUGUGCUGCCAUUCAUGGGCCGGUAACAAAUUGA